AUGCUGAAGUGGGAAUAUUACUUUGGCGAUCAUUACUUCAAAAUCGACGGCAGACUGAUCAUAUUCGAUGAACAACUGACCGAGACAGAGGACCCUCAUUUGUCGCAACCACAGGCGUUGAACCAGGCACACUACAAAGACAACGGGGAGCAGGUACUAACGAAGAUACGCUACGAUCUGCAUCCCAAGAGCUACGACCACCCCAAAAUCCCCUUGUACGAUCGCGACUACGCAACAGACGAGUUCCUAUUGGAGUGCGAAAUCGUCGAAAUUCUGUCUGAGAUCGGCCAUGGACCUCGCUACAUCACACACCUCAACAUCAAGGCAGGCCGAAAUUCUCGUAUCGAAAGGGCUACGUCGAUUCUCUCGUGA